UGUCAUAAAACGCUCUCAGGGGUGAAAGGGCACAGAUCAUUUCAAGAUGGCUGCUCCCAUGGACGACAUGUUUACUCUGUGCGUAGACUCUAGCAAAGUUUGGAGUUAUGUGGAGGUUCGAACAAUCGACAAGGUUAAGGGGAAAGGAAUGUUUGCCAAAAAAGCCAUCCGGAAAGGGGAGACUAUAUUCAUAGAACGCCCCCUGGUGUGUGCCCAGUUUUUGUGGAAUGCCUUGUACAAGUACCGAGCAUGUGAUUACUGCCUGCGGUCCCUGGAGACGGCUGAGGAGAAUGCUCGACGACUUAGUGGAAACCUCAGUCUCAUCCUUCCCUACCCAGAGCAAUGCAGAGUACGGCACGAACUGCACCAGGCAUGCCCGCAGUGCCAGGUGAUGUACUGUUGUAGUGAGUGCCGACAGGCUGCAUUGGACCAGUACCACCGUGCCCUCUGCCUAGGUGUGUCUCAGGAAGACCUGGAGCACCCAGUCAACAAGCUUCAAGAUGCAUGGAGAAACAUGCACUUCCCCCCAGAGACAUCCAGUAUAAUGCUGAUGUCCAGAAUGGUAUCCACUGUAAAGCAGGCUAAAGACAAAGGUCAUUGGCUGAAGCUCUUCUCCCAGUUCUGCAGCCGGACGGCUAAUGAAGAGGAGGAGAUUGCACACAAGCUGCUGGGAGAGAAGUUCCAGGGGCAGUUGGCUUUGCUGCGGAACCUGUUUACAAUGGCACUCUAUGAUGAUCAUCUCAGUCAGUGGUUCACUCCGCAGGGUUUCCUUUCUCUCUUCUCCCUUGUGGGCACCAACGGCCAGGGCAUAGGCACCAGCUCCCUCAGUCAGUGGGUCCAUGGUUGUGAUGCACUGGAGCUGCCUCGCCAGCAAAGGGAGCAUCUGGAUGCAUUCAUAGAUCAGCUUUAUAAGGACAUAGAGAGAGAGACGGGAGACUUUCUCAACUGUGAAGGCUCUGGCCUCUUCCUACUCCAAAGCUCCUGUAACCACAGCUGCAUUCCCAAUGCUGAGGCUUCCUUCCCUGACAACAACUUCCUGCUUCACCUCACUGCACUUUGUGACAUCGGGCCUGGAGAGGAAAUCUGUAUUAGUUACUUGGACUGCUGUCAGAGGGAGAGGAGCCGUCACAGCCGCCACAAGAUCCUGAGGGAGAAUUACCUGUUCCUCUGCACCUGCCCACGGUGCAUCUCUCAAGUGGAAGAGGCAGACACGACCUCUGAAGAGGAGGAGGAAGAUGGGGAUGGAGAGGGGGAGACUGAAGGGGAUGAGGCAGAGGAUGAGAUGACUGAUGUCUGACAUGAAUUUCAUGGCCACCCUUGCUCUCUCUCUGCUCACUAGACCCCCACUCCAUCCCAUCCCUCUCUGUCUCCCAAACAUUUCAGGGAUGCCCCACAACCCUUUUACACCCCAUGGCACCAAUCCCACUUCAAAACUACCAGCGUCCAUGAGCUGCCUGCAGGCUGACUUUGCUCAAAUGUUCCUAUACCUUAAGGCUUUUUUUGCUUAUUGCUUUGCGCUAUUACAGAAGUGCUGUAACUUCCAAGCAUCAACCAGACGAUCCUCCCCAAGUCUUCCAAUCAAUGGCAACAGCAUUGAUUUAUGUCCUGUUACGUCCUUCCUUGUGGUACUCCUAUGAACUAUGGCUGAGAUUACACCCUUUCAGCACAGCCACAGUCUCAUCUCUGUAUGGCACAGUGCUCCGUCUUUUAAUGGCACCUCUGCUGUUGCACGAAAACAGUGUGCUGCUUGAAAAUCUGUAAACUUUUCUCAGAUAAUUGUUUAAUCCUGUUGCAAAGCAUUUGUUCUCACAGCUUGGAAAACUGGGGAUAAAAUAAAAGUGUGAAUGUUUGUCACCUGAGGAUGCACUUGACAUCAAGCCAGUCCUAAGUGUCAACCUUUUGUUUUGCUUGAUCUACACAUGCCUCCUGUGCAUUAACCCUUUCAGUCCCAAGAGUGGCAUAUGGCACACUCGACCUUAUACCUUUUCGGCCAAUCAAAAGGGCUCUUAUACUAUUAUUUUGAGCCCCUAUUAAACCCCUACUAACCUUUUCAAUUUUCUAACCCAAAGCCAAAACCACUUGGGAUUUGGGUGGAACCACUUUAAGUGGAUUUGGAACUGAAAGGAUUAAGGUAAAUACAUUUUCUGAAUUCAGAAAAUUCUGAUAUUGUGAUUAAAUGGUCCCGAGGGCGAGUCCUGCUAUGAA